ACCGCGCGCGACUCGUCGCGAUGCCUUGACGAACGCGACGGGAACGGGACAAAGGACGCUGUGGUACGCAGCCGGAGGGACGCCAUGUUCACUUGUCAACGUACGUCAAGGUGUUCCCGUGCGGAAGGAGCGAGUGGCCGCUCGCCGUCCGCCGCCGAAUAGAGAAGCCAGGAGUGACCGAGGCGCCGGUCCGCGAGCGCCGAGGGUUCCUUCUCGCCACCUUACGUUCCAUCUCGUCUCCGUCUCGCCUCGCCUCGCCUCGCCUCGCCUCGGCCCGUCACGUCAUGGAAAGCGACGCCGCUUCCGCCGAGUCGCGGAAGCGCAAACGCGAGGAAUACGAGAUGCAGCUGUUCGGCUUCCAUUCCCGUGCCGUGUUCGCGACUCUAGUCGAAAAUAUUGUGCUGGAUAGGAUACGGUCUAAGAACCGAAAGUUGUGCGAGACGUUGAGAAAUAUACAUAAGCCGGAUCAAAAUAAAUUGGCCGUGCUAAGCGCAAACGAGAAAGAACUUUACAGAGCGUACUACAAUGCCUCUUCGACUCAGUUGGAACAUUUAGAGAGUAUCGUGAACAAAUUUAUCGCUGUACCCGACAAUGUACUGUCUGAGGAGGACGCGCCUCAGAGAACGCAAUGGUCGAAACUAGAGGUUGAGGACGUGCUCAAGAUGCUAGAAGAGAUGCGGCGGAGAGCGAAAUCUGUGCAUAUAUUGAACGCGGUGUUGAAGGAGGAAUUGCAGCUCGUGGAUCAAUUUUCGAUCUGCGCGGACAAUAUCGAUAGGCUGAAUCAGAUAAUUGAGAGCGAGAUCGCGUGCCCGGAUGUCGGUGACAAAAUUCAUCGGUUAGUCGACGAUUACAAACAAUUCAGUGCGUUGGAGCGCGCUGCCGGCGACGCUGAGGCAGCACCCGUGUCGCAAAAGUCGCGCUACUAUACGAUCGACGAUGUCAAAUGUAUAGAUUACGAUGUGGAUACUCUAUAAUUGUACAGAAAAGAGGGAGAAAUUAUUUUUGCGACUCAUCUCUGGAUACUUUGUUGCUGACACUGCCUCUUUGAGAUUAUUGUAUCUAAUAAAUGAAUUCUGUAGUUUUUAUACGAAUGUUACAUAAAUGGCAAUUUAGUUUUUUUUUAAUACCAAUUAAAUGCUAACUGCUCUUA